AUGCACCACCAUCACCACACUCUGCUCUCACCGCUCCGGCAAACACACACACACACAACACUUGAGUCGGCGGCAGAACCAGCCAUGAACGGCUUCUACUCGUCCAUCGCCCACGGCCUCGACGCGCUCCACGGCACGCUGGCCUCGUCGCCGGACGCCGCCUUCAUGUCGGCGCCCUUCCUCCAGCAGGCUGCCGCGCUGCUCCGGUCGCUGCACUCGCAGCUCGUCCACCUCGUGCAGCGCCUCCACCUGCCGCCAGGGGAGAGCUGGCUCGACGAGUACAUGGACGAGACCUCCCGCCUCUGGGAGGCCUGCCAGGUCGUCAAGGCCGGCGCCUCCGCCCUUGACACCUACUGCGCCUCCGCCGCCCGUAUCGACGCCGCGCUCGACGACUGGCUCUGCAACCCCAACCCCCACACCGCCCGCCAGGUGAUGCGUGCGAUCAACGCGCCGCGGCGGCAGGCCGUGGGGCUGGAGCAGGAGAACCGGGCGCUCGCGGAGACCAGGAUCGACCCGGCGUCGCUGCUGCUCGACGACCGUUCACCCGUGGAGUUCAAGCUCAACGCCUUCAACGGCUUCCGGGGGGUGCUCUACGCGCUGCGCAACGCCAGCUCCUUCCUCCUCAUGCUCCUCGUCUCAGGGACCGUCUCCUGCCUCCCGGACCUCGCAUGCUGCGCGCACCCAUUCCGCACCUCGGGCGCCGGCUACGUCUCCUCCAUGGGCCGCCUGCGCCAGCGUGUCGCCGAGGAGAUGGAGGCGGUGGCCGGCGAGCACUCCGGCUCCGGCAUCAUGAUGUACGAGUUCCGGCAGGCUAGGGCCGGCAUUGAGAGCCUCAAGGCAGAGUUCGACAGGGUCGUCGCCAUGGGGUACGGCGACCCUGGCGAGAUCGCCGAGAGGGUGGAGAUCAUCAAAGGAUGGGUCGGGAUGCUGAGGUCAGGAGCCGAGGGCGUCGUCGGCGAGCUGGACGACUUCUUCAAUGAGAUUGUGGAAGGCAGGAAGAUGCUGUCGGACCUGUGCAGCCAUCGCUGA